AUGCACACAAUGCCUACGUCGUUCCGAUGCCCUUGUAACGCCCAUAAUCGUCCCCACAUCUUCGUCUGUUGCCCAUUUCUCUUCGCCUCUGCUGCAGAUCCUGCCUGUGCGGCGCUGGGCUGUGAGUCCGACGGCAAAUGUGUGGUGGAUCAAAACGGAGAGCGUUCCUGCCAGUGGGGUGAGUCACCAUGGCGUCAACUCAUAUCCCCCCUCUUCCUCAUAUCCCCCCUCUUCCUCAUUUCCCCCCUCUUCCUCAUUUCCCCCCUCUUCCUCAUUUCCCCCCUCUUCCUCAUGUCCCCCCUCUUCCUCAUAUCCCCCCUCUUCCUCAUGUCCCCCCUCUUCCUCAUUUCCCCCCUCUUCCUCAUUUCCCCCCUCUUCCUCAUGUCCCCCCUCUUCCUCAUUUCCCCCCUCUUCCUCAUUUCCCCCCUCUUCCUCAUUUCCCCCCUCUUCCUCAUUUCCCCCCUCUCCUCAUUGCUUCCCACUCUUCCUUGCCUCUCCUUCUGCCUUUUGCGUCUCCCUUCAUUUCUUUGCUUUUCUCCUCUUGUCUUUGAUUCUCCCUUCUGCUUUGAUUCCCCUCUUCCUUCCUUCGCUCCUCUGUGUUGCUUCGUUGCUUCUCCCUUGCUUGCCGCGCUCUUCUGCGUGCCUGCCCCUUUGAAUCCACAAUCUGCUACACAUUGCACAGACAUACCGCACCCACUUCUCAACCCUCACAUUCCCACCAUUCCUCAUGCCUUCAUUCUCCCCGUGGCGGGUGAGACUCUUCCGCGCAUGCUCGCUCUGCUCUCUUCACCCACUCAUCCCACUCCUUGCUUCACCUUUCUUGCUCUCCCAAGUUGGCUGGACUGCUAA